CUCGGCCCCUCCCCAGGUCACGGCUCUGGGAGCGGAAAUUCCUGCGCGGGCGAGACCGAACUGGUGCGGAUCUGAGCGGCCGAACUUGGCCAUGGAGCCAGUCGCGACCUGGACCCCCGGGAAGGUGGCGGCCUGGCUGAGAGGCCUCGAUGAUUCCCUGCAGGACUAUCCCUUUGAGGACUGGGAGUUGCCUGGCAAGUACCUGCUCCAGCUCUGCCCCCGCAGCCUGGAGGCUCUAACUGUGUGGCCUCUGGGCCAUCAGGAGCUCAUCCUAGAAGGGGUGGAACAGCUCCGGGCCCUGAGCUCCGGGCUACAGUCGGAGAACCUGCAGAGCCUGACAGAAAGGCUGCUGGAGAGGAUCCGGGCAUUCCAGGGCUUAGUCCAAGGUCACCUGGGGGGCUGUGCCGAGCCCCCUGCUGAUGUCCUCAAUGCAGCCAUCGAGCUGGUGCAUGAGGCCCGUUCCCUCCUCUUCUGGCUCAACAGGUACCUCUUCUCCCACUUAAAUGACUUCUCAUCCUGCCAGGAGAUUGGGGAGUUGUGCGGGGAGCUGGGCCAGGCCUUGCAGGAGGACUGUCCAGCUGCUGAGAAGGAGAGCAAAGUCCUGAGGAUUUGCAGCCACGUGGCUGGGAUCUGCCACAACAUCCUGAGCUGCAGCCCGGAGGAGCUGCUGGAGCAGAGGGCCGUGCUAGAGCGCGUGGCGCUGGAUGAUCCUUCCGGCCUGGAAAUCCACACCACCAGCAACUGCCUGCACUUCGUGGGCACCCAGGUUCCCGCCAACUCCCGGCUGCAGAUCCUGCCUGGAGACGAGAUUGUACAGAUCAAUGAGCAGGUGGUGGUGGGCUGGCCCCACAAAAACGUGGUGAGGGAGCUGCUGCGGAAGCCAGACGGGGUCAGCAUAGUGUUGAAGAAGGUCCCGGUGCCAGAGAGCCCCCCACAGACCCCUCCUCAGGCCCUGGGCUCCGCACACCCAGUGAGCCCAUCACUGGCUCCACUCCUGCCGUCUCCAAGGACACCAUCCAAAGACGUCUUUGCCUUCAACCUGACUUCAGACCCAAGUCCUGGGCCCAGCCCUGCUGCCUGGACAGAAUCUACCUUCCUUGACCCCGAGUCCCUGCCCAGCCCUCCGGCAACCCUAGCCACACUCCCAGCAGGGGUAGCAGACACACCGGAGCCCCCAGAAGACCCUGCCAAGAGUCCUGUCCUUGGUCGCAAGAAAUCAAAAGGCGUGGCAACGCUGCUGAGCCGCCGGCGGGUGUCCUGCCGGCAACUGGGCCGGCCCGACUGUGACGGCUGGCUCCUGCUCCGCAAGGUGCCCGGGGGCUUCAUGGGCCCACGCUGGCGCCGCUGCUGGUUCGUGCUCAAAGGACACACGCUCUACUGGUACCGCCAGCCCCAGGAUGAGAAGGCCGAGGGCCUCAUCAACGUCUCUAACUACAGUCUGGAAAGUGGACAAGAUCAGAAGAAAAAAUAUGUGUUCCAGCUCACCCAUGACGUGUACAAGCCCUUCAUCUUCGCUGCUGACACCCUGACAGAUCUGAGCAAGUGGGUGCGCCAUCUCAUUACCUGCAUUUCCAAGUACCAGUCUCCAGGCCGUGCCCCCCUGCCCCGAGAGGAAGAUUGCUACAGCGAGACGGAAGCCGAAGACCCUGAUGAUGAGGCUGGGUCCCGCUCUGCCUCGCCCAGCCUGGCCCAAGCUGCGAGUCCGCCCCACGGAGACACGUCACCUGCAGCCACCCCCACGCAGGGCAGCCCACGGACCUCCUUCGGCCCUCCGACAGACAGCAGCGAAGGGGCGCUGGAAGGAAUGGUCCGGGGGCUGAGGCAGGGUGGCGUGUCCCUCCUGGGCCAGCCGCAGCCCCUCACCCAUGAGCAGUGGAGGAGCUCUUUCAUGCGGCGGAACCGAGACCCGCAGCUCAAUGAGCGGGUGCACCGCGUGCGGGCACUGCAGAGCACGCUCAAGGCAAAGCUGCAGGAGCUGCAGGCCCUGGAGGAAGUGCUAGGUGACCCCAAGCUGACAGGAGAGAAGUUCCGCCGGUGGAAGGAGCGGAACCAGGAGCUCUACUCAGAGGGCCUGGGGGCUUGGGGGGUGGAGCAGGCUGAGGGCAGCUCCCAAGUCCUGAACUCUGACCCCAGAGAACAGUCUUCCCAGCCCCUGCCCUCUGACCUUAAGGAGCACACCCAUCGCUGUCCCCUGACCCCAGAGAGUGACCUCCGACCUCCUGACCUCUAACCCUGGCCAGUACUCUAGUUCCUGACCUCUGGCCCUGAGGACCACCUCAACCCCCAGCCCCUGACACGUCUAGGACAGAGCAUCCCUGGAUUCUGUUCUCAUCUGGAAAUAGUGCUAAUCCAUGGUUCUGCCUCCACCUGAGCUCCUGCCAUUUCUGCUCCCCUCUCCCCUGGCGUGGCCUGACGUGAGCUUUGUGCCAACAAAGGAGCAGGAGGCUGGGCUGAAAGAACGCUCACCCCAUACUCUGACCUGUGGGGGAACAGACCUGCCCCCUCCUUCCCUGGCACUUCUCCCUUCCCCAAGCCAGUCCAAACGGGUAUUCUUCACUUUACAACUAAAUAAACACUUUCAACUACA